UGUGACUGAGGGACGGCUUGGAAAGCCCGCGGACAGAAGCUUCAUCCGCAAGCAGCGCCAACUCCACUCUCUGGGUCCCGUUUCCCCGCCGUCGCAAGGGGCAGCACCGGCCUUCAGCGGGGCCUGCAAGCAAGGCGGAAGAGCGGCGUGGUCCCGCCCACCACCCUGGCGACUAGGCAAGGGCCAGGCCUUCGGCCCGCCGGGCUCUAAUAGCUGGCGCUGAGAUGGCCCAUUCGAACGGAGUCUUGCAGCCGCAAGCCGAGACGGCCGAAGUGACCGCGGAGCAACCGGAGAGCUACCAGCUUCGCCAAGAGAACGAGUUGCAGGUGCUGGAGUCCAUCUACGGGCGGGACUUUCAAGACCUGCGUCUUGGCCGGCCGUGGAAGAUACGGGAAUCUCCUGAAAUCAAUCUUGUCUUGAGACCUCAGGGAUUAACUGGUGACCACGAAGUCUAUGCCAAAGUUGACUUAUGGGUGAAAUGUCCGCAAACCUAUCCCGAUAUUGUUCCAGAAAUAGAACUUAAAAAUGUGAAAGGCUUAUCAAAUGAAAAUAUAAACUUGUUAAAAUCCAAACUAGAGGUAUUAGCAAAAGACAGUUGUGGAGAGGUGAUGAUAUUUGAGCUGGCAGAAUACAUACAGUCAUUUCUCAGUGAUUACAAUAAACCGCCUUCAAAAUCUUUCCAUGAAGAAAUGCUAAAGAAUCAACAAAAGGAACAAGAAAGACUAGCCAAGGAAGAACAACAACGAAUUCAAGACCUGAAGAAAAAAGAAGAACAGAUGCAACGUGAAAUUCUUGACGAAAUUCAGAGAAGGGAGGAAGAAAAAAGAGAAGAAAGAAAAAGGAAGGAAAUCGCAAAACAGGAACGCUUGAGUAACACCACUCUGACAAAGCAGGAUCCUUCUACUGUUCAAGAUGUUGCAGGGAGCAAAACGACUGUCAGCGUAACAACUGGUGCAACAGACCAUAUAGGGAAUAAUAAAUAUCGUGCAAAUUCCACAGGACGUUCAAAGAGAGAGCGUCAGUAUUCUAACUGCAGCAGUGAAGAAUCUCCAGGAACAUGUGAAAUUUUGAACUUUAAUAGCAGUGCAAACGGUCAGCUUAAAGUACACAAAGGAAAAUGUAUAGGCAAAGAUGAAGAACUUGGUAAAUCAAUCUACAAUGCUUUAGAUAUUUGUUCUGGCAACUUUGUCCAAGUGCAUGAAUGGGUACUUCAGUGGCAAAAGAAAAUGGGAAAAUUUCUCACGACUCAAGAAAAGGAAAAGGUUGAAAAGUGUAAAAAACAGAUACAGGGAGCAGAAACAGAAUUCAACUCUCUGGUGAAAUUAAACCAUCCUAACAUCAUGCAUUACCUAUCUAUGACCUUUAAAGAGCACAGUGACUCAAUUGUAGUACACAUAUUGGUGGAACACAUCAAUGGAUCUAACCUUUCUAUGUACUUGGACAGAGACAUCCCGCUUUCCGUGGAUCAGUUGCGCCAUUACACAACUCAGCUUUUGUCAGCUCUUGACUAUUUACAUAGUAAUUCAGUGGUCCACAAAGUUUUGAAUGCAUCCAGCAUUCUGGUAGAUACUGAAGGAAACAUCAAGAUGACUGACUACAGUAUUUCCAAACGUUUAGCAGAAAUCUGUAAGGAGGAUGUUUUUGAGCAAACCAAAGUCCGAUUUAGUGAAGAUGCCUUACCCAACAAACCAGGGAAAAAAGGAGACGUAUGGAGAUUGGGUUUGAUGUUGCUUGCUCUCAGCCAAGGAUGGCAAACCAAGGAAUAUCCAAUCAUAAUUCCAAGUGAUUUGCCUGAUGAUUUUCAAGACUUUUUGAAAAAGUGUGUUUGCUUGGAAGAUAAAGAAAGAUGGAGUCCUCAACAGCUACUACAGCAUAGUUUUGUUAAUCCACCACUAGUAAAAGCACCCAUACUGGAAGAAAGCCCAGACGAUUCAUCAGCAAUAGACGAUAUCGAAACUGUUAUUUCUAGCAGUCACAUUGCCAGUGAUGUUCACGUCACAGAAACACAGAGGCAACUUUCACGUUAUUACAAUGAAUUUGAAGAACUACAGCUGCUUGGAAAAGGAGCUUUUGGAGCAGUCAUCAAG